AGUGGAGUCUGGUGUGAUGGCGGUGUUGGUGUAACUUACUCAAGUAACGGCGCUCACAACCAGAGGAAAAUAGCGGAUUUUUAUUGUUUCCUCUAGUAGCAACAGUAAUGAAGCUCAGUGCUGCUUGAGAGCAAAACCAUGAUGAUUUUAUUUAAAAUCAGAUUCACUUAACGUUAUCAAAGGUCAACCCUGGUAAUGCUACAUUGGAACAUUACUGUUUGUGUUAUUGAGAAAGUUUAUAAAGGCAAAGUAUUCGUUGUUCAUCCUAUGAGAGGCAAGAUGGGCGUGUGUUCUGGCCCGUGUGGACCAACCUGAGGGGCUCAGUCUAGCUGCACCUUCAUUACUGUCUGGUACUUCUCGAAGUUCCUUCCCAAGACAGUGCUUUAGAGAGGAUGCGCGUGACAUAUUUGAUUUUGGCAUGGGCAACAUGGGUGUGUGUAGGCAUGAUGGUGAGUGAAGGUGGAGGUGUAGCCAAGACGCUGCCCGAGGCUGGAGAGAGGCUCAGAGCUCUGCAGGCUAAGCUGUCGAAGCUGUCAGGACGACCAGAGAUGCUAAUGCGUGAAAGUCUGCCGGACCAUGUUACCCAGGUGUGGUCGUCAUGGCAGGUCGGCGGGGCUGGAGCGUCCACUAAGAGGUUCCUGGAACUGAAAUCACCAGGAGACAAGAUGCGCGCCAUCAGAGACAGACUCGUGCAGAGGAUCAUGAAGGAAGCCAAGCAGUUACCUUCUAGCAGUCAGUCCAUCACGUCGAUUGCCUUCCUCGCCUUCGGAGUGAAACUCUUCGACGUGCUGAGAGACUCCAUGUUUGGGAGCACCGGUAUGAUGAAGAUGGGAGGUGACGGUGACACUGCCCAGGCCAGGGUCGCUAUUCUGCCUGGCUUGGGGCUCUUCGGUGACAACCUCAAUAAUCUGGCUGAGAUCGUCUUGAAUACGAUCACCAUUUAUCUCUACAGAGAUGAGAGCCCUGACUGCGGAGAGCGGCUACUGUGUGAAAGUAACCAGCAAGCGGUGAGCCGAGGACUGCUGGAUUCCUUCGUCACCUACAUCAGCGGGUUCGCCGUCUCCUUCCUGCUACACGAAGCUCCUCUCUCCCGCAACCUGGAAGCCAUGAGGGCCGGCAGAAAAGGUUACAACUGCAUAGAGCUCUACCCACACUGCUCCAUUACUCUCUGA